AGUAUCCUGGAGUACAACGGCGGCGCGGUGAUCGCCAUGAAGGGCAAGGACUGCGUGGCGAUCGCCAGUGAUCUGCGCUACGGCAUCCGGCUGCACACGCACGGCACCAGCUUCCCGAAAGUGUUCGAGAUGGGCCCACGGCUGUACCUGGGCCUGCCCGGCCUGCUGACGGACACGCAGACGGUGCACGAGCGGCUCAAGUUCCGACUCAAUCUGUACGAGCUGCGCGAGAACCGACGCGUCGAGCCCAAAACGUUUGGGUCUAUGGUCUCCAACUUCCUGUACGAGCGCAGGUUCGGACCCUAUUUCGUGGAGCCGAUCGUGGCGGGCAUCGACGACGACGGCAAGCCCUACCUCAACGUCAUGGACCUGAUCGGCUGCGAGACCGAGACGGACGACUUCGUGGUGUCGGGCGUCUGCAACGAGCAGAUGUACGGCAUGUGCGAGUCGCUCUGGGAGCCGGACCUCGAGCCGGACGACCUGUUCGAGACGAUCGCGCAGGCGCUCAUCAACGGCUUCGACCGCAACGCCGGCACCGGCUGGGGCGCCAUCGUCCACGUCAUUGAGAAGGACAAGGUGACCACGCGCACUGUGAAGACCCGGAUGGACUAGGAGCGGUGUUUUUUCUAUGUUUCCGGUGUAAUGCUGUUCAUGGUGGGCCGGGUACGACCGGUCGUGACUCCGGCCGCGCUCGUCGUCUCUACACUCCAUCCGAGAAGAAUCGCGUGUACUGCACUCGUCAGCUCCGCGUCGAGAGACGCCAAUAAAGCAUGCCGUACCGA